AUGGGUCAAACAAAACGCCGUGAUGGCAAGUCAUCUCGCCCUCCCAAAUCCUCACUCUUCGGGGGUGGCAAGUCCAGAGAGGGAGAAUCCGGGCAACCCCAGAUCAAAAAGGCGGCAUUCGAGAUCACCAAGAAGAAGGAAGUGGGAGUUUCAGAUCUCACCCUGCUGAGCAAGGUGUCCAACGAAGCCAUCAACGAAAACCUGAAGAAGCGCUUCGAACAUGGCGAAAUCUACACCUAUAUCGGCCAUGUGUUGGUCUCCGUCAACCCGUUUAGAGAUCUGGGAAUCUACACCGAUCAAGUGCUGGAGUCGUAUCGAGGUCGGAAUCGACUCGAGGUCCCCCCGCAUGUCUUCGCGGUCGCGGAAUCGUCGUAUUACAACAUGAAAGCAUACAAAGACAACCAAUGUGUCAUCAUCUCGGGCGAGUCAGGUGCAGGCAAAACCGAAGCUGCCAAACGGCUUAUGCAGUACAUCGCCAGUGUUUCCGGCGGCACCGACUCGAGAAUCCAGCGAACUAAAGAUAUGGUCCUCGCCACCAAUCCUCUUCUUGAAUCCUUCGGCAACGCUAAAACACUCCGAAAUAACAACUCGUCCCGGUUCGGAAAGUACCUGGAGCUGGAAUUCAACGAAGGUGGUGAGCCGGUUGGGGCCAAAAUCACAAAUUACCUGUUGGAGAAGACACGAGUGGUCGGACAGAUCACCAACGAGAGAAACUUCCACAUCUUCUACCAAUUCACCAAAUCCGCGCCAAAGGAAUACCGGGAGACAUUCGGGGUCCAACCGCCUCAGUCCUACGUCUACACGAGCAAGUCCAAAUGUUUCGACGUCCCCGGGAUAGACGACACAAGCGAAUUCAAGGAUACACUUCAAGCCAUGCAGAUUAUCGGUCUGUCGAAGCCUGAGCAGGACAACAUCUUCCGGAUGCUUUCGGCCAUCUUAUGGAUUGGAAACAUCACCUUCCGAGAGAACGACAAUGGAGGAGUUGAUAUUGCAGACUCUUCCGUGGUGGACUUUGUGGCUUAUUUGCUUGAAGUUGAUCCGUCGCACGUUCACAAAGCUCUUACGGUGCGAAUCGUCGAAACUUCCCGAGGUGGAGGGCGACGUGGAUCGAUCUACGAAUCUCCUCUCAAUCCAGUGCAAGCUGGCGCCGUCCGGGACGCUUUGGCGAUGGCCAUCUAUUUCAACCUUUUCGAUUGGAUUGUUUCUCGAACAAAUGCUUCCUUGAGGUCGCAAGGGCUCGUGAAGAACACAAUCGGUAUUCUCGACAUCUACGGCUUUGAGAUCUUCGAAAAGAACUCUUUUGAGCAGCUGUGUAUCAAUUAUGUCAACGAGAAGCUGCAACAGAUUUUCAUCCAAUUAACCCUCAAGGCUGAACAAGAAGAGUACGCGCGGGAACAGAUCCAAUGGACCCCCAUCAAGUACUUUGAUAACAAGGUUGUCUGUUCCCUGAUUGAAGACAAAAGACCGCCCGGGGUGUUUGCCGCUCUGAACGAUGCUUGUGCGACGGCACACGCAGACUCUACAGCUGCCGAUCAGACCUUCGUCGGCCGUCUGAAUUUCCUGUCCAGCAACCCCAACUUCGAAAACAGGCAGGGCCAGUUUAUCAUCAAGCACUAUGCCGGUGAUGUGAAUUACCAGGUUGCUGGGAUGACGGACAAGAACAAAGAUCAGUUGCUGAAGGAUCUUCUCAAUUUGAUCGGUGAGAGCUCGAACAGCUUUUUGCACGAGUUGUUCCCGAACCGCGUCGAUCAGGACGACCGCCGUCGUCCUCCCACUGCGGGAGACAAGAUCAAACAAUCUGCGAAUGAACUUGUGGAAACCUUGAUGCGCGCACAACCAUCCUAUAUUCGAACUAUCAAGCCCAACGAGAACAAGUCGCCGAAAGAAUACAACGACCACAACGUCAUGCAUCAGAUCAAGUAUCUCGGUCUUCAGGAGAACGUCCGCAUUCGACGAGCAGGAUUCGCAUACCGGCAAACGUUCGACAAAUUUGUGGAAAGGUUUGCUUUGUUGUCGCCUCGACUGUCUUAUGCUGGAGAAUACACCUAUACUGGCGAUGUGAGAACUGCGUCUGAGAUCAUCUUCAAGGACACGAGCAUCCCAAAAGAAGAGUUCCAGAUGGGUGUGUCCAAGGUAUUCAUCAAGACACCCGAAACCUUGUUUGGACUAGAACACAUGCGCGACCGCUAUUGGCACAAUAUGGCAGUCCGUAUCCAGCGAGCUUGGAGAAACUAUCUCCGCUACCGUGCCGAGGCUGCCACCCGAAUCCAGCGGUUUUGGCGCAAAUCCAAAGUGGGUGUCAAAGAGGUGGAAUUCCGGGAUCAAGGCCACCGAUUACUGGCAGGCCGCAAAGAGCGUCGCAGAUACAGUCUGCUUGGAUCGAGGCGUUUCUUUGGUGACUAUCUUGGGCUCAAUAUGCCAGGCGGGUCUGGUCGCGUGCUCAGAGACUCGAUCAACCUUAGCUCUCAAGAGCGGGUUGUGUUCUCCUCUCGUUGCGAUGUUCUGAUCACCAAGUUCGGACGAUCGUCGAAGCCGAUGCCGCGGAUCCUGGUUCUUACAAGCAAAGCAGUGUACAUCGUCAAUCAACUUCUGGUGAACAAUCAGCUUCAAAUCCAAGCGGAGAGAACAAUCCCCAUCGGCGCGGUCAAAUACAUUUCGACAUCCAAUCUGCGAGACGACUGGUUCGCCUUAGGGGUCGGAUCACACUCGGAACCGGAUCCUCUGAUCAACUGUGUGUUCAAAACGGAAUUCUUUCUCCAAUUCAAGACCGUUGCCCCGGGUGGACUAGACCUCCGAAUCUCCAGCAAUAUCGAGUACAACAAGAAGCCAGGCAAACCGGCCGUUGUCAAGGUUCAGAAAGAUCCAUCCAUUCCUCGAGACGAUAUGUAUAAAUCUGGAGUGAUCCACGUUCCUCCGGGAGAACCUCCCAACUCGGUCUCAAGACCGACGCCGCGUGGGAAGGCCGUCGCGCGACCUAUCACCACAGGUAAAUUACUUCGACCCGGCGGUCCAGGCAGCCAGCCCUCCAAAACAGCCACACGCAGACCUGUCCCGGCAGCAAGACCUGCCGCUCAGACUCCUCGUCCUGUACAUACAGCCGUGACCACUGCACCCACAUCACACGCCAUGAAUGGUCUAUCAUCAUCAUCCCACGCGCGAAACGACUCAACGUCGUCAACAAGUCACCGUGCAGCUCCUCCUCCUCCCCCGCCUCCCGCUCCUCCGGCGGCUGCUGCAGCUGUUCCCACGAAACCUCAAGCCAAAGUCAAAUACGACUUCAACUCGCCCAACGCGAACGAAUUAUCGAUCAAAGCGGGAGAAAUCAUAGAAAUCGUCCAGAAAGAAGGAAAUGGAUGGUGGCUCUGCAAAAACCCGCACACCAACGCCCAAGGCUGGACUCCAUCCGCCUAUGUCGAAGAAAUCGAACAAUCUCGAACAGCUGCUCCUCCGCCUCCACCACCGCCUCCUCCGGCAGCAGGGCCUGCACGCACAUUUCCUAAUUCUACAUCUGCUUCGACCCCGUCCGUCGUGGUCAACGGACACUCCAAACCCGCCACACCGCCCGUGGUAGCGAAACCCAAACCCAAACCGACGCCGCCCGCACCGCCGGCCAAAAGACCGGUGCCGGCGACGGGCAGGAAACCGACCGCCUCGCCCGCCCGGGAUAGCGGGAUGAGUCUCGGCACCAACAACAACCACGGCAGCGGGACGGACUCGGGCCGCGCCACGCCCAACAGUACCGGUGGGGCGAGUCUUGCUGAGGGUCUGGCCGAGGUGUUGCGAGCAAGACAAAGUGCUAUGAGUGGCCGACAUGAGAAGGAUGAGGAGGAAGAUUGGUAG